ACUUCAUCUCUCUUCUUCCUCUACCUUAAACCCUAAUCUCUUCCCUCCGCAAACCUCUCAAUGACAACCGCCGCACCCUCCCAAGACCAACUCCUUCCACCUCCACAGACCACGAGAGUAAGCCCCAAGACUGUCCACGAAGCCGUCACCUCCCUCCUCAAAUGGAAAGCCGAAAAAUCAAAAACAGAGAAGCCACAGCUCCUGGAGCAAGACGAGUUCGUGUACCUCAUCGUCACCUUAAAGAAGAUCCCACAGACCAACCGCACGAAGCCUCACCGCAUCCUCCUACCUCACCCUCUCAUCGACACGGAGGCAGACUCCUCCCCCGAGCUCUGCCUCAUCAUCGACGACAGAGCCAAAAGCGGAUUAACGAAGGAGGACGCGAGGAAGAAGAUCGAGUCCGACGGGAUCCCGAUCACGAAGAUCCUCAAGCUCUCGAAGCUCAAGACGGAUUACAAGGCCUUCGAGGCGAAGAGGAAGCUCUGCGACUCUUACGAGAUGUUCUUCGCGGAUCGGAGAGUGAUUCCUCUGCUUCCGAGGUUGAUCGGGAAGAAGUUCUUCGCCAGCAAGAAGAUCCCCGCGGCGGUUGAUUUGAAGCAUAGGAACUGGAAGGAGCAGAUUGGGAAGGCUUGUGGAUCGGCUAUGUUUUUCGUUAGGACGGGGACGUGUAGUGUUGUUAAAGUUGGGAAGCUAUCGAUGGAGAGCGAUGUGGUUGUUGAGAAUGUGAUGGCGACGUUGAACGGUGUCGUUGAGGUGUUGCCUGGUCAGUGGAAGUAUGUUAGGUCUUUGCAUUUGAAGCUGUCUGAGAGCUUGGCGUUGCCUGUUUAUCAGAGUGUUCCUGAUUUGAAGCUGAAGAUCGAUGCUUUUGGAAGUGAGGAUGGUGUUGUUGUUGAGGAAGAGAACAAGAAGAAGAAGAAGAAAGGUGAAAGUGUUGCUGUUGAUGGUGGUGAGAAGAGUGAUGCAGUGAAGGGGAAGAAGAAGAAGGGUAGGAUUCAUGAGGUUAGGUAUAUGGAUAGUAAUGUAUCUGAAGUGCUUGAUGAAGACGAGAUUGGUGAUGUUGAGGUUAGUAAUGAGAUUGUGGAGUCUAGUGGUGAUAAGGAGAAGAAUAUGAAGAAGAGGAAGAAGGAGGUAAGUGUGGUUGCAGAGGCUGAGAAACCUCCUAAGAAGAAAGUGGUGGCCAAGGGGAAGCUGAAGGAGAAGAGUGAGGAUGAGUUAAAGCCGAAGAAGAAGACAAAGAUUACUAAAGAAGAGUCUGGUGGUGGUUUGAAACCGAAGAGUAAGAAGAGUGUGCUUAGAAAGUAAUGCAAUAGAAGAUCAGAGAGUUAACUCUUUUUUGCUUCUCUUGCAUGAUUUAUGUUUUUAUCUUAGUGCUGAUUACAUUUUGGAGUCUUUCAUAUCGUGUACUGCUGCUUCUCUUGAACAUCUUAACCGGUGUGAAUGUGAACCCUUCUACUUUAUAAACGAGUGUUUUAUCUUGAAUCA